UGACUCUUUAUAUUUCUUUCCCCACCUUAUCAUCAGCUGUACAUAUUGUUAACUUUUUUUGCUGGAUCUGCAUCUGUAUUUCUCUACCAAUGACUUCAUAUCCUCCACCAGGGUAUGGUGCACCACCACCGCCAGGCGGCGGGUACUAUCCUCCGCCACCAGGACCCCCUAAUUAUCAAGGUUAUUUCAAUAAUGAUCAAUGUUGUCCACCACCACCACCACCUCCUCAGCAUAUUUACCACCACCACCACGAUGAUCACCACCACCACCACCACCACCAUAGUGGUUGUCUAUCAUUCCUCAGAGGCUGUUUGGCCGCUCUUUGUUGUUGCUGUAUUUUGGAAGAGUGCUGCUGCUGCUGCUUCUAGUUGUGCCUGUCAAAAUUGCUAUUUAUUUCUCAAAACUUUUUGUGUGAGGAUUUUCUUGCUUUUAAUUAUAUAUAUGUAUUUUUAAUUGGAGGCAAGUUUGUGUAUAAUGUAAUGGAAGGCUAGUUAUAUUACAACUAUGUCUGUAUGCAUGAUUGCUUAUGUUUGGGCGGGUUAUUGACCCGCCUAUUCAUUAGCUUAACCCAUUUUAACCCAUUAAAAAUUU